CGAGGAGGGGGGGGGUGUUGUAGAAGUUAUGUCGUUUCUCGAUUGGCGGAGGGAGUGAGCGAGAGAGCGAAGGGUAGGAGAGAAAAGGGAAAGGAUGAAUGAGGAUGAUAAUUGCUCCAUUUACCCCGGGGCCCUGCCCCUGCCCAGUGGCAGUGAGAUCCGAGCUCGAGUGCAGCAGUUUGUGGAGGAGAGGAUGCAGACUACCAUGCUGACCGGCGUGCUGAUUGGGGCUGUGGUGGCCAUCUCUCUGAUCGGGAUCAUGGUUCUGUUCGUCUACAGGAGAUACAAACAAACACGGGAGCAGCAGGCCGGCGUCCCUCGCUACCGCUUCAGGAAGAGGGACAAGGUGUUGUUCUACGGGAGGAAGAUCAUGAGGAAGGUCCAGACCCUGUCCUCGGCCCCCAGCUCUGGUGGCAGUGUGUCUCGCCAGCGGUCCCGGAAAAGGCCCAAGGUUCUGGCGCUGGCCCGCCGGAUCCUGCGGAUUCGCCGGGAGCCCCCCACCCUGCAGCCCAAGGAGCCCCCCCCCUCCCUGCUGGAGGCCGACCUGACCGAGUUCGACGUGCAGAACUCCCACCUGCCCUCCGAGGUGCUGUACAUGCUGAAGAACGUCAGGGUGCUGGGGCACUUCGAGAAGCCCCUGUUCCUGGAGCUGUGCCGGCACAUGGUGUUCAUGGAGCUGCAGGAGGGGGAGGGGCUGUUCCGCCCCGGCGACACCGACGACAGCAUCUACGUGGUGCAGGACGGCCGGCUGGAGCUCUGUGUGCAGGAGAGCGAUGGCACAGAUCCUGUGGUGAAGGAAGUGCUCCCGGGAGACAGCGUGCACAGCCUGCUCAGCAUCCUGGAUGUCAUCACCGGUUACCCGGCGCCCUACAAGACCGUCUCGGCUCGGGCCGCCUUGCGCUCCACCAUCCUGCGGCUCCCAGCCACGGCCUUCCAGUCCGUCUUCAACAAGUAUCCCGAGACCCUGGUCCGAGUCAUACAGAUUAUCAUGGUGCGUCUGCAGAGGGUCACCUUCCUGGCUCUGCACAACUACCUGGGGCUGACCACUGAGCUCUUCAACCCGGAGAGCCAGGCCAUCCCUCUGGUGUCGGUGUUCAGUGUGAUAGGGGAGGGCAGCCCUGGUCGGACAUCCCGGAAACCUCAUCCCCACACCCCCCCCGAGGAAGAGCCUGGCCUGGAUAAAUGCCCCCAGGGAGCCGCAGAGCGCUCCUCGGACACAGACGCGGUGCGGAGCUUUGCAGCCGACAGCGCCUCGGCCUUCAGGAAGAGCCGCUCCCUGUCCGUCGAGAGCACAGGGGGCGCCGUCUCCAGCAGCACCGACCUCAAUAUGGCCUAUGAGCGUGCCCGCGUCACGAUCGAGGACGCGCCCCCUAGCCCCGUCAUGCACAAGUCCAUCCUGAAGAAGAGCGUGACCAUGCAGCCGGCACCAUCGGCGGUGAUCCACUACACCGACAGUGGAGGGCGCUCCGACCAGGUCCCGCCCAGCAAGGUCGGCGCCAUCUUCCAAGCUGCCAAGAAGGACCUGUUACGCCUCAUCAAACUCAACGACCACAGCCUGCUGGAGGGCAGGGUGACACUGCACCAGGUGAAGGCGGGCACAGUGGUGGCACGCCAAGGAGACCAGGACGUGAGUAUCCGGUUCGUGAUCUCGGGGCUGCUGCACGUGUACCAGCGGAUGAUCGACCGCGAGGAGGACACCUGCCUGUUCCUCACCCACCCGGGGGAGCUGGUGGGGCAGCUGGCCGUGCUGACGGGGGAGCCCCUCAUUUUCACCGUGCGCGCGCACCGCGACUGCAGCUUCCUCUCCGUCAGCAAGACGCACUUCUACGAGAUUAUGCGCGCUGAGCCCAGCGUUGUCCUGAGCGUGGCUCACACGGUGGUGAAGAGGAUGUCGUCUUUCGUCAGGCAGAUCGACUUCGCUCUUGACUGGAUGGCUUUGGAAGCAGGUCGGGCUGUGUACAGGCAGGGCGACAAGUCGGACAGCACCUUCAUCGUUCUGAGUGGGCGUCUGCGCUCCGUCAUCCUGAAGGAUGAUGGGAAAAAGGAGCUGACCGGCGAGUAUGGCCGCGGCGACCUCAUUGGAGUGGUGGAGGCCCUGACUCACCAGCCCCGUGCCACCACCGUCCACGCCGUGCGAGACUCGGAGUUAGCCAAGCUGCCAGAGGGGGCUCUCAGCUCCAUCAAGCGCCGCUACCCCCAGGUGGUGACCAGACUCAUUCACCUCCUGGGGCAGAAGAUUCUGGGGAACCUGCAGCAGGUCAACGGGCCCCUGGCAGCGCGCAGCCUGACUCUGAACACCCCUGGCAGUAAGUGGGAUGUUGGGAACCCCGUGUCCAACCUGUCCACCGUGUCCAUCCUGCCCGUGUGUGAGGACGUGCCCCUCACCGCCUUCAGCCUGGAGUUACAGCACGCCCUGAGUGCCAUCGGCCCCACCCUGCUGCUGACCAGUGACAUCAUCAAGCAGCGCCUGGGCUCGGCGGCCCUUGACAGUGUCCAUGAGUACCGGCUGUCCAGCUGGCUGGGGCAGCAGGAGGACAUUCACCGCAUCGUGCUCUACCAGUCUGACCCCUCGCUGACCCCCUGGACCCAGCGGUGCAUCAGACAGGCCGACUGCAUCCUCAUCGUGGGGCUGGGGGAGCAGGAGCCCACCGUGGGGGAGCUGGAGAGGAUGUUGGAGAGCAGCGCGGUCCGCGCCCAGAAGCAGCUGGUGCUGCUGCACCGUGAGGACGGCCCGCCCCCUAGUGGCACGGUGGAGUGGCUCAACAUGCGCAGCUGGUGCUCCCGGCACCUGCACCUGUCCUGCCCGCGCAGAGUCUUCUCCAAGAGGAGCCUGCCCAAGCUGAGGGAGAUGUACCAGCGGGUUUUCCAGAAGUCGCCGGAUCGCCACUCCCAUUUCUCCAGGCUGGCGCGGGUCCUGACGGGGAACGCCAUCGCCCUGGUCCUGGGUGGAGGGGGUGCCAGGGGCUGCUCGCAGGUGGGCAUCGUGCGGGCUCUGAGCGAGGCCGGCAUCCCCAUCGACCUGGUGGGAGGCACGUCAAUCGGAGCCCUGAUGGGGGCGCUGUACGCCGAGGAGAGGAACCACAACCGCAUGAGAAUCCGGGCAAGGGAGUGGGCCAUGGAGAUGACGUCGGUGUUUAAGAAGGUGCUGGACUUGACCUACCCCGUCACCUCCAUGUUUACGGGAGCGGCCUUCAACUCGGGCAUCUACAGCGUUUUCAAGGACAAGCAGAUUGAGGACCUGUGGAUCCCCUAUUUCAACAUCACCACUGACAUCACUGCCUCUGCCAUGAGGAUCCACACUGAUGGCUCUCUGUGGCGGUACGUGCGUGCCAGCAUGUCUCUCUCGGGGUACCUGCCCCCACUGUGCGACCCCAAAGACGGGCACCUGCUGAUGGACGGGGGGUACAUCAACAACCUGCCAGCGGACGUGGCGCGGUCCCUGGGGGCGAAGGUGGUGAUCGCCAUCGACGUGGGCAGCCAGGACGAGACGCACCUCACCAACUACGGCGACUCCCUCUCGGGGUGGUGGCUGCUGUGGAAGCGCUGGAACCCCCUGGCCGAGCGCGUCAAGGUGCUGAACAUGGCGGAGAUCCAGACGCGCCUGGCCUACGUGUGCUGCGUGCGCCAGCUGGAGUCCGUGAAGAACAGCGAUUACUGCGAGUACAUCCGGCCCCCCAUCAACCGCUACGGCACGCUGGAGUUCGGCAAGUUCGACGAGAUCGCCGUGAGUCCGCGCGGCCUCCUCCCUCACGUCCUGUGGCCUGUGGGCCUGUCCGCCUCCCCGUCUCCUCCCUCCGGGAAAACCCUUCGCCGACGGGAGCUCUGUGGCCAUAACUCACGUAGCUGCUAACAAUGGUGCAAAUAAAAUGACAGCACUUGGCAAGUCGCAAAGGCAAUUAAUGAGCGGGAGGUGUGAUGAGCACUCAGCAACUUACACACUCGAUACAAGGGGAGAUGGAGAGUGUUUAGACGGCCUCUCUGCGUGUGGAGCAGCUCUCCGGCAUGAGCCGCUUCCCUCUCCACAUCCCUAG